CAAACGCUUGACGCGCGACUUCCAUAGAUCACUGGAUCUUGUUCGCGUUGUUAUUAGUUAGCCAUGGACAUGGCCAUUGAUUAUGUCACCAUGAUGGAGUUUUCAGGCCAGAGCACCGCCACCACCGACGAGUUCGAUGGUGGCUGCCGCGACUGGAGCGACUGGUCGCCGGUGCUCGACUGGGACGCCGUCCCUGGCAGCGGCCUCGGCGGCUUCGAUGACCUCUUGGCGUCCCUGUUGGAAGACGGAACUGGGCCCGACCAGCCCCACCUUCCCCCACAAUGGGUCGACUCUCCUCCUUCCGUGCACACCGUGGCUAACGACAAGGAAGGCGACGAAACCGACGGCCACGACUUCAAGGGGCUGAGGCUGGUCCACCUCCUGAUGGCCGCGGCUGAGGCGCUGAGCAGCGAAGGCGAGAACCGCGAGCUGGCUCGGGUGAUAUUGGUUCGGCUCAAGGAGUUGGUCUCCCCGGCCUCGGGCCGCUGCGGGACCAACAUGGAGCGGCUCGCGGCGCACUUCACCGACGCGUUGCAGGGCUUGCUGGAGGGUGCGGGGGCGGUGGCCCAAGGUGGCGGCAAGCACUCGAUCGGUGGCAGGCCCCACCGCCUGGAAGGGGGUUACAAUCAAACGGACGUGCUCGUGGCGUUCCAGCUUCUGCAGGACAUGUCGCCGUACGUCAAGUUCGGGCACUUCACGGCCAAUCAGGCCAUUCUGGAGGCGGUGGGUCACGAGAGGCGGGUCCACGUGGUGGACUAUGACAUAAUGGAGGGGGUACAAUGGGCCUCCUUGAUGCAGGCUCUCGUCUCUCAAGAUGGCGGCCGGCCGGCCCCGCACCUCCGGAUCACGGCGGUGUCAAGGGCCUGCAGCGGGCGCCGCUCAAUCACGACUGUCCAGGAGACAGGCCGCCGGCUGGCCGCUUACGCAAAGUCCGUGGGGCAGCCCUUCUCGUUCCACCAGUACAGGAUGGACCCUGACGAGACCUUCCGCCCGGCCGCCCUCAAGCUGGUCCAGGGUGAGGCGCUGUUCUUCAACUGCAUGCUGCACCUGCCUCACUCCACCUACCACACACCCGCCUCGAUCGCCUCGUUCCUGUCCGGGGCGAGGGCCCUAAGCCCGACGCUGGUGACGCUGGUGGAGGAGGAGGCGGGGCCCGCGGGAGGUGGAGGGGGGUUCAUGGGCCGGUUCAUGGACUCGCUGUACCAUUACUCGGCCGUGUACGACUCGCUCGAGGCAGGGUUCCCAAUGCCGGACUGGGCUCGGGCGCUGGUGGAGAAGGUGUUCUUGGGUCCGAGGAUAGCCGGGUCGCUGGUGCGCAUGUACCGGGGCAGGCCGGGCGAGGAGGAGGAGGAGGAGGAGGGAUCGGGGAAGGGCGGUUCUUGGGGGGAGUGGCUGGUGGCGGAGGGGUUUAAGCCGGGGAGAGUGAGUUCCUCGAAUCACUGUCAGGCAAAGCUCUUGGUGGGGCUGUUCGACGACGGGUACAGGGUGGAGGAGGUCGCCGGGAAUAGGCUUGUCCUGGGCUGGAAAUCUAGGCGCUUGCUCUCUGCUUCCAUUUGGACCGCUUCCUCCGAUCCCGAUUCAUUAAAUUAG